AUGAAACUCAUGUGGAAAGAUCCUCAGAGGGAAAGGAGAGAUUUUGAACCCCAAUCAAAUAUUCAGAAAGACACUGAACAAUUACAGAACUAUUGUUCAGACGAGGAUCAAACUGGAAAUUCAGAAAGACACAUCAACACACAUGUAAGUAAAAAGCCAUUAAAGUGUUACAGUUGGAAAGAUUCAGAGUGUGAAUUUUGUGGGAAGGCAUUAUCUGUAUUUAGUGACAUUACUAUCGACAUGACAACAGAAACUGGUAAUGUUUCUUAUUGUUGUGCUGCAUGUGAAAAAACUCUGAACGAAUCAGGUGCCUUACAUACAAAUAUGAGGACACACACAGAUAAAACACUUAAUAACUAUGAUGUAUUUGAGAAGUCACUCAGUGAGCCACAACACGUGCAGACACACAUGAGUACACACACUAUUGAAAAGCCUUAUAAAUGUGAAGUGUGUGAGAAGGCAUUCAGUUGGUCAAAAAAUCUACGGAAUCACAUGUGGAUACAUACUGGUGAGAAACCAUACAAAUGUGAAGUGUGUGGGAAGGCUUUCAACCAGUCACAGAACUUACAGAGUCACAUGAGGACACAUACAGGUGAAAAACCUUUCAAAUGUGAUGUAUGUGGAAAGGCUUUCAACCAGUCACAGAACCUAAAAAGUCACGUGAGGACACACACUGGUGAAAAACCUUUCAAAUGUGAUGUGUGUGGGAAGUCAUUUAACCAGUUACAACAAUUACAGAAUCACAUAAGGACACAUACUGGGGAAAAACCUUACAAAUGUGAUGUAUGUGGGAAGGCUUUCAUCCAGUUACAGCACUUAAAGAAUCACAUGAGGACACAUACUGGGGAAAAACCUUAUAAAUGUGAUGUGUAUGAAAGGAGGUUUUCGGUAGGAAAAGCCCUACAGGACCAUAUCUUGAUACAUACAGGUGAAAAAUCUAAUAAAUGUUAUCAAACCAGGGAGGAAAGUUUUAAGUGUGAAUUUUGUGGGAAGGCAUUGUCUGUAUCAGAUGACUUUUGUAGCUACAUGAUGACACAAACUGGUAAUGUAUCUUAUUGUUGUAAUGCAUGUGAAAAAACUCGGAACGAAUCAGGUGCCUUACAUACAAAUAUGAGGACACACACAGAUAAAACACUUAAUAAAUAUGAUGUAUUUGAGAAGUCACUCUGUGAGCCACAACACGUGCAGACACACAUGAGUACACACACUAUUGGAAAGCCUUUUAAAUGUGAAGUGUGUGAGAAGGCAUUCAGUAGGUCAAAAAAUCUAAAGAGUCACAUGAGGAUACAUACUGGUGAAAAACCGUACAAAUGUGAAGUGUGUGGGAAGGCUUUCAAGCAUUCACAGAGCUUAAAAGUUCACAUGAGGACACAUACUGGUGAAAAACCUUUCAAAUGUGAUGUGUGUGGGAAGGCUUUCAACCAGUUACAACAAUUAAAGAAUCACAUGAGGACACAUACUGGGGAAAAACCUUACAAAUGUGAUGUAUGUGGGAAGGCUUUCAAUCAGGUACAGCACUUAAAGAAUCACAUGAAGACACAUACUGGGGAAAAACCUUAUAAAUGUAAUGUGUGUGAAAGGAGUUUUUCUGGAGCAAAAGCCCUACAGGACCAUAUAAUGAUACAUACAGGUGAAAAACCUUAUAAAUGUGAUGUGUGUAUGAAGGCAUUCACUCAUUCAAAGGGCUUUAAGACUCACACGAGGAUUCAUACAGGUGAAAAACCAUAUACAUGCGAUGUGUGUGGGAAGGCAUUCACUCGUUCAAGUGACUUACAGAGUCACAAGAGGAUUUUACAUUCAGAGGAUAAACCUUAUAAAUGUAAUAUGUGUGAUAAGGCAUUCACUUGUUCAAGAAACUUACAGAAUCACAUGAGGAUCCAUACAGGAGAAAAACCUUAUAAAUGUGAUGUGUGUGGGAAGGCUUUCAAACAAUCAGGUGAAUUACAUCAACACAUGAGAAUACAUACAGUUGAUAAAUCUUAUAAAUGUGAUGUUUGCCAGAAGGCAUUUAACCAUUCAAGUAGUUUAUUGAAUCACAUGAGGAUACAUACAGGUGAUAAACCUUAUAAGUGUAAUGUGUGUGGAAAGACAUACAAUCAGUCAAAUGACUUACAAAGGCACAUGAGGACACAUACUGGUGAAAAACCUUAUACAUGUGAUGUGUGUGGAAAGGCAUUUUACCAAUCAAGUACCAAAAAUAGACACAUGAGGAUACAUACCGGUGAAAAAACUUUUGAAUGUGGUGUAUGUGGACAGACAUUCAGAAGAUCAGAUACCUUACAAAAACACAUGAGGAUUCAUAUAGGUAAUAACAUAAAAACGAAGUUGAUGGAAAAAGAAGUCUGGUCAUCUAAUUCAAAGAUUCAAAGUGAGGCUGAAAAGUCAACCAGCAAAGCUUUUCAAUGUGAUUUCUGUUUAAAGAACUUCAGCCUGUCCAGUAGCUUAAUCAGACAUAAAAGAAUACAUACUGGAGACAAACCUUAUAAGUGUGAUGUGUGUGGGAAGGCAUUCACCCAAUCUUAUACCCGUCAUGAACACAUGAGGAUACAUACAGGUGAUAAACCUUAUAAAUGUGAGGUGUGUGGGAAGGCAUUCAACAAAUUAUGUAACUUAUACUGCCACGUGAGGACACAUACAGGUGAUAAAUUUUAUCAAGGUGACAUGUGUGGGAAAGCAUUCAGUCAUUCACAACAUUUACAGAAACACAUGAAAAAACAUGCAGGUGAUAUACCUUAUAAAUGCAGUGUGUGUGAGAAAGUAUUCACCGAUUCUGGCUCCUUACAGAGACACAUGAGGAUACAUACAGGUGAUAAACCUUAUACAUGUGAUGUGUGUGGGAAGGCUUUCAACCAAGCACACAACUUACAGACACACAUGAGGAUACAUACAAGUGAUAAACCUUAUAAAUGUGAAGUGUGUGGGAAAGCAUUCAGGCAGUUACCACACUUACAGACUCACUUGAGAACACAUACAGGUGAUAUACCUUAUAAAUGUAACAUUUGUGAAAAGUUAUUCAACCGGAAAGAUAACUUACAAGUACACAUGAGAAUACAUACAGGUGAUGAACCUUACAAAUGUGGUGUUUGUGAGAGAUUAUUCAAGCAUGCCACAAAUUAUAAAACACACAUGAGGACACAUACCGGAGAUAAACCUUAUGAAUGUGAUGUGUGUGGGAAGACAUUCAGCCAUUCAUAUACUUGUCAGACACACAUGAGGACACACACAGGUGAUAAACCUUAUAAAUGUCAUGUGUGUGGAAAAGCAUUCAGCCGGUCAUAUACCUGUCAUGAACACUUGAGGAUACACACAGGUGAUAAACCAUAUAAAUGUGAUGUAUGUGGAAAAGCAUUCAGUCGGUCAUAUACCCGUCAUGAACACAUGAGGAUACACACAGGUGAUAAACUAAAAAAUUGUGAUGUGUGUGGGAAGGUCUUCAAUAAUUUAGUCAACUUUUACCGCCACGCGGAGAUACACACAGGUUAUAAAUCAUAUCAAUGUGAUGUGUGCGGGAAGGCUUUCAACCAAUCACAGAACUUACAAAAACACAUGAGAACACAUACAGGUGAUAAAGCUUAUAAAUGUGAUGUUUGUGAGAAAGCAUUCAGCCAGACAAAUCACUUACAGACACACAUGAGAACACAUACAUGUGAUGAACCUUAUCAAUUUGAUGCACAUUCUGGUGAUAAAUCUUUUGAAUGUGAUGUAUGCGGGAAGGCAUUCAACAAUUCAGGGAACUUAGUGAAACACAUGAGGACACAUACAGGAGACAAACCUUAUAAAUGUGAUGUGUGUGGGAAAGCAUUCAGCCAGUCACAACACUUACAGAAGCACAUGAGAACACACACUGGUGAGAAACCGUAUAAAUGUGAGGUUUGUGAUAAGUUAUUCUCCCGGAAAGAUAUCUUACAAGGACACAUGAGAAUACAUACAGGUGAUGAACCCUACAAAUGUGAUGUAUGUGAGAGGGCCUUCAAAUAUGCUACUGAUUUAAAAAGACACAAGAUGACACAUACUGGAAAUAAACCUUAUAAAUGUGAUUUCUGUCUAAGCGCAUAUUGUAAAAAGUCAGAUCUAGACAAACACCGGAAGAUACACACGUGUUAUUAACAUGUUAAAUGUGUGUAGUAAAUCAUUCAACUGAUCUAUAUACAGAAAUAUAGAGACGAGAAACUUAAGAAUUGUGAUAUUUUCGGAAAGGUAUUCAAUCAAUUACUAAUGCAUACGUAAAAAAUCUAGAUACAGAUAUAUAGAGGCGAAAAACCUUAGUAUUGUGAUGUGUUUGGAAAAUUAAGCACAGAUCUAGCAUUUAAAGUAACUUACAUAAACUCAUGGUGACGCAUUUCAAAUAAAUGCAAAACCGUACAAAUAGCAUUUAAAGUAACCUACAGAAUCUCAUGGUGACGUAUUUCAAACCUUACUAAUGGGAUGUUUGUGGAAAGUCAUUUGGAAAAAGGCAUAGAUGAAGAGCCAUUUGUGGAUACAUAAAGGUUUGAAAGCCUAUACCAGAAUACCUCUGGAAACAGAAUAGAUUAGUGAAAAACUCACAAAUUUGAUUCAACCGAUAAUUUCGCUUGAAGAGGCAUAAAAAGACACAAACAGGCGAGAUACCUUAGUGUUGUAUAGAGACACAUCUUGGCGCUUUUCAAUGAAAAACUUUACAAUUAAAACAAAACUUUACAAUUAUGAUGUUUGUAGGAAGUCAAUUGAAACAGAACUAUACAUAGAGUUUAAAAUUUCAUUUUUUAUGUAAUUGAGAAAUCAAAAAAGAUAGAUACAUCUGGAAAUUGAAAUUAAUUUAACAGUGAUUUGUUCCAUAAAUCUUUUUAAGACAAAAAUGUCUGGUACAGAUAUGUACACAUAUAAGUAAAGUCCUUGUAAAUUGAAGUAAAAUAAUUUGGCAAGAGUAGUCUGACAUUAAUUAGAAAUUCCUUUUAUGUUACAGUUUAAUUAGCCAACGUUGGCCUUUGCUUACAUAAAUGUUGGAGUUGGUAUUUCUAGAUGAAAAUCUUUGAAAAUAUUUUCAAUUAGUCUUGGUUAAAAAACAAUGAACUCCUUUGUGUGAUGUAAAUUUGAUUUAAAUAUUGCGGAGAAAUUGAAGAUUUUUAUUUUAUCCUAUUUAUGAAAUUUAUUUUAAUAUGAUUGUCCUUAAUUACAUGUUGAUGAAAUGAAUCUUAAAUGCUUUGAUUAGUUGUUCA